UUAACUAGCAUUUAGAUAACUGCGGCCUUAGAUAACUGCGGCCUUUAGACCACAUCAACACCACGACGAGAUCUGGAUAUCGUGUUUUGGGGCCUGAAUUCUAGAUCUUGUUAUCGGCUUCGACGAAGGAGAUCUGGUUGUCGCGGAUAUAACGCCUCGCCGCCGCGUCGUAAGCACCCGCUGCCUCCUCCACCGUGUCGAAGCCCCAGCCAGUGGCAGCACCGCCCGAUGCAGUCGCGUAUCUUCGUUAACCACCUCCCCCGCGAUCCCUUCCUCGCUCCUUGGUAGCUCUUGCUCACGGACGAUUGCGCGAAAAUCCCUUUCUAAACAAUAGAACCUUUUCUUAGAUUCUGUGGAAAAAGCUUCUCAAGCUUUGAAUAAGAUAAACAACAAUGUCUUCACUUGCAGCUGCUAGAGCAGACAACUUUUACUAUCCUCCGGAAUGGGAACCGAGUCAGGGUUCGCUGAACAAGUUUCAUGGUCAACAUGCCUUGCGGGAGAGGGCAAGAAAAUUAGAUCAGGGUAUCCUGAUUAUAAGGUUUGAGAUGCCCUUUAAUAUAUGGUGUGGAGGAUGCAAUUCAAUGAUUGCAAAGGGUGUCCGGUUCAAUGCAGAGAAAAAACAAGUUGGGAAUUAUUACUCAACGAAGAUAUGGAGUUUCGCUAUGAAAUCUGCCUGCUGUAAACAUGAGAUUGUCAUUCAGACUAAUCCUAAGAAUUGCGAGUAUGUCAUUAUUAGCGGGGCCCAGAAAAAAACUGAAGAUUUUGAUAUUGAGGAUGCCGAAACUUUUGAAUUGCCUGCUGAUGAAGAGAGGGGUAAGCUUGCAGAUCCAUUCUACCGCCUUGAACACCAGGAAGAAGACUUGAAGAAAAAGAAGGAAGCUGAACCAGUGAUCGUACGUCUCCAGAGGCAGUCUGAUGCAAGGCAUUCAGAUGACUAUUAUCUUAAUAAGACUCUCCGUGCCCAACUUAGAAGUCAAAAGAAAAGAGUUACUGAAGAAGAAAAUGCUUCCAAGAAAAGAGGCCUUGGCAUAAGACUUCUUCCAGCUACUGAACAAGAUUCUGCCACGGCAAAAUCGGUGAAAUUUUCAGCAAAGUUUGACAAAAAUAGGAAGGACAAGAGGGCAUUGAUCAGUUCUGAAUCUAUCUUCUCUGGAGUCUCUAGCUAUUCUAUGUCUGACAAGAGAAAACGAGAGCUAGAGUCAAAACGAAGAAAAAUUUGUGCGACUUCAGCAUCCAGCCUUCUAGCUGGUAGGGUAAAGCCAUCAUCAUGGUCACAGCCUUCAAGCAAGCAAAAGGGAACUGUAAGAUGUUAGAAAGAUGAAACAUGUCUGACAUUGGUUAGCACUGGUCACUGGCGACCUUGACAAUUGGCAGUGGAAUUUUGUACAUAAAAGUUGCUGUUGUGAUAAUUUUAUGUUAUGUUUUCGGUUGUAAACCAUUUAUGAAUUUAUUAAUGGAAGCAGAUAUAUUUUUCAUCAUUCCCUCCCCUCCUCACACCAGCAGAGACUAAGAAAUCUUGUUUCCUCUUCACCUUAGUAAUUUGUUUUUAGCUAGAAUUGUAAUAUGACGUCCAAAUUUGGGUGGUCACGGUUGAGUGUUUCAAUCCAUAUAUGUUUCAUUAGGAA